UCAGCCGCCCGCCAUGGCUCGCGCGGGGGCCUCCUCCUCCUCCUCCCCACCGCCGCCACUGCCUCCCUUGCCUCUGACUAGGGAAGCGGCAGAAGGGGGGGAGGAGGGGGAGGGGGAGGGGGGAGAGGAAGAAGAAGAGGAGGAGGAGGAGGAAGACCCCCCGCUCCGGGCUCUCGUGCCACGCUCCUCCCCGGUGCCCAGGCCCCAGCACCCCACCGCCCCCGGGGGGAGCAGCUCCUCCUCAGAAGACGACGACGACGACGACGACGUGGGGCUGGAGGAGGAGGAGGAGGAGGAGGAAGGGCACCACCAGCACCCUGGCUUGGCAAGGCCGCUUUCCCAGCAUCCUCCGGGCCUGGCUGGGCCACUUUCCCAGCAUGCAGUGCAGGAUAGUCAAGGGCUGCCCUCCCAGCAUGCUCAAGGGCAGGCAGGGCUGUUCUCUCAGCAAGCUACUGCUGUUGACACCACAGUGGAGGAGUCCUCCCAGCAUGCCGCAGGCCGGCACGUGCUGUUUGCUGAUGCCUUGGGCCUGCCCUUGGCACGGUGGCGGCGCUACCAGCCUUGGCCGCCGCCUUCGCCUGAGUCCCCCCCUGAGGUGAUGCCCCCCUUGGCCUCUCUCCCAACCUCUACAGCUACCUGCUACCUUCUGCCAUCUUUCGUGUUGCCGCCAGUGGGUCAAGGUGAGGACGAAAAGCUCGAACGCCUGCGCCGGGUCAAGGUGGAGCUGGAAGAGGUGCUGCCUCCUGAGCUGGGAGAGCCACGGGUGCUACGUGGCACUGUGCGCGUGCUCAACGUUUCUUACCACAAGGCCGUACACGUGCGGGCAAGCCGAGACCGGUGGCAGAGUCACCGCGACUACCCUGCCCUCUACGUCCAAGGGGGCUCACCAGAUGGGGGCCUGACCGACCGCUUUGCCUUCCGCCUGGACUUUGGUCAUGACGAUGAGGAAGAUGAGGAGGAAGGAGGAGCCCGGCUUGAUUUUGUGGUGCGGUAUCAGACUGACGAAGGUGUCUACUGGGCCAACAACCAGGGCAGGAAUUACAGUGUGGUACUGAAGGGGGUGGUGCCUUCCCAGAGUCUGCCUAAGAGGUCUGGCAAAGAAGGUGAAUCGCGCCGGCUCAAGAGCUGCAUGAGGCCAAUAAAAAUCAGGUCAAGUGAGAAUGAGCUGCGAAUAGAGGACAUUGCCCAGCCGGCUUGUACUGAAGAAUGGAACACUGAAAGAAACCUGGCCAGUGAAUCUCCAAACCCUCCUGCACUGCAGCCCCCACCUUAUAUGACACAGAUUCCAGAGCUCAUGGUCACCACCAAUUCCCCAGAAAAGAAGGAGCCUUCUAAAGACCAUCCUGUGGAUUUCACUGACUCCCUACAGGCACCAGCUUUCAAGGUCCACCCUACAUGCCAUGAGGAGCUGAAAGUGCCGUGGGGCUUGGUGCUGGGAACUGAAAAACAUCCUGUGGGCCAGUGGGAUUUUCCAGAGUUCAGCAAGUGUGACCUCACCACAGAGGGGUCUUUCAUGGAGGAGUGCAAGGAGGAGCAAUUCAGAAGGUACCAAGAGCUGCCCUACCGCUUGGAGGAAGAUGCCAUAGAUCGGGAGCUGGAGCAGCUUUACCUGUCCCACUUGAGCCGGCUUCGAGCAGAGGAGCUUGGAGGAAGAGGGGAGUGGGCUGAGGAGGGCUCAGGCAACCCCAGCAGCCCUGCACCUUCUCUCAUUGCCCUGAGGCAGAGUGUCUUGACUGACCGUGACCUGAUAGUCAACUGGACAGGCCCCGAGAGAGCACUGAACAGCUCCCUAGCAGAGGAAAUCACGCUGCACUAUGCCAAGCAGCGAGGUGAUGACUCCAGGGACAGUGAGGAGGAGGGAUUCACACUGGGUUGUGCAACUCGGGCGCCGCCUGAGUUGGUGGGACCAGGCCGUGAUAGCCCACCAGUUUUACUAGAAGGCCGCUUUCGAAAUCACCUGGAGGAGGGGAGUGUCCAACAGAGUCCAGCUAAGGACUCUGACUCCUUAGUCAGCUUGAGAGUGGUGUCACCCAACACUUUAUGGCCUGCUACUCAGGAGGCCAUGGUGAUGCCCCUGGUAGUCCCAGCCCGGACUCUAGUGCCCCUACCAAAGCGGCCCACAGAUCUGCCGUCCAGCCCUCUCGGUGCCCAUGGACAGAGCAAGAGCCAGAGCCAGAGCUUCUUGAUAGGGCAAGGCAGCCUCUGGCUGGGUGAGGGGCUUCAUGCCCACAAGCCUACUGAAGCCAAUCCCAGCAAUCAAGGCGAACUCGAAAAGAUCUUGACCCGCUCCUUGCGGUUCCUCAGCCUCUUCGUCUUCCUGCCUGUGGUUUUCAGCAGCUGCAUGCCCCUGGUGGCCAUUACGCUUUACCUCCUCCUGGAUUGGUUCUCAUAGCUUGGCAUCCACACUCAGAGGUGUUGAAGAGCCUGAGGGAAGACUUUCUGUAGCUUGACUCCAUCCCUGUUCCUCCUGAACAACCAUGGUUUGUAUAUGAGAGGGGGGGGGGGGACGACAACUCAAGCCCUCUUGAGAGAUUAUGGCAUGUCUAUGUAACGGCUGCUCAAGAUUUUCUGAAGUUCAUGCA